AUGCAGCAGACUCGAAGGGUUUCCAAUUUUCCAAUUUGGCUACCAGUUAUUCGCGCAAGUGCAAUGGGUUGGUUGCCUCUAUCAAGGAAUCCUUUACCAAAGUUUCCACGUGAUGAGUCCUUUGAUUUAUCUUCUUCUGCAGCCUACAGCAAUGCAAAGUUGCAUAUUAACGUCUCAGGAGUAAAGUUUGAAAUUUUUCGCUACUUUGUUGACCAAUACCCUAAUACCUUACUUGGGUCAACUGAACGUGAAUAUUUUUAUGAUGAUGAUACGAACGAGUAUUACUUUGAUCGUGAUCCAGCAAUUUUUCGAUAUAUUAUUGACUUCUAUCGACACGGAUUUUUGCACUUUCCACGUGCUGAUUGUUUUCUUGCCUACGAGAAGGAAAUGCAAUUUUUCCGGAUUUCGACUGAAUGCAUGGGAGAUUGCUGUUACGAGUACUUUCAGGAUUGUCGUCGUGAGCACUCUGAACGCCUUAGAGAGGGAAAAGCCUUAGAUAAAUCGAGAUGCAUUGCACCAUCAACGUGCAGGCAAAAAUUAUGGGCAUCAUUUGAAAAUCCCGACAAUUCAACUACAUCCCUUGUUAUUUACUAUGUAACAGGAUUUUUUAUUGCUGUUUCGGUUUUGGCUAAUAUUGUUGAGACCAUCCCCUAUCCCGAUUUUACACCUGAUGGCACCAGACCAUCAAUUGGGGAAGUCUAUUCUGAUGCAUUUUACUGCCUGGACACUGCUUGUGUUCUGAUGUUUACUGUUGAAUACCUGGCCCGUCUUUACUCAGCACCAAGACGAUGGAUAUUCUUUCGGUCUGUGAUGAGUCUUAUUGAUGUCGUAGCGAUUCUACCCUUUUAUAUAGCAUUGAUGCUUCCAAGUAAGAAGACAGUAUCGGGACCAUUUACAACACUCCGAGUAUUUCGUGUGUUCCGAGUCUUCAAAUUCUCGCGUCAUUCCCAGGGUCUACGAAUCCUCGGCAACACACUCAAGUCUUGUGCCUCUGAGCUUGGAUUUCUUCUUUUUUCCCUUACCAUGGCUCUUAUUAUCUUCGCUACUGUCAUUUACUAUGCUGAAAGAGGGGUCCCCAAUAAUACUUUCAUUAGUAUACCCGCUGCUUUCUGGUAUACGAUAGUCACAAUGACUACGUUGGGAUACGGAGACAUGGUACCGAAAACUAUUCUUGGUCAGCUGAUUGGUGGCACGUGUGCGCUUUCAGGAGUUCUUGUAAUUGCACUUCCAGUCCCAUUUAUCGUGUCCAACUUCUCUCGGAUUUACCAUCAAGGUCAGCGGGCGGAUAAACGAAGGGCUCAAAUGGUAAGACGAUUCACUUUAUAA